GGCUGACAGCGGGGACGGUGUGAACAGCACGUCUUCUGGAAAGGAUGGUAGAAAUGCAGUUACUGAUGGACCUGUCACAGAUCCGGCCUCCUGCAUCAAGAGCCUAGAGGCAUCAAAUAAUGCCUUUCACGGCCCGAGAGCAAAAUUAGUAAGUAAGAUUAUUUGCGUAUGACAACAACAACAACAACAGCAACAACAACAACAAGAACAACAACAAGAAAAAGAACACACAAAAGAACCAAGCCUUCUACCCCAGCCUACGCCCAAUUAUACUUACUACAUGCCCCGCGCACUCCUCGGCAAUCUCUUCACUGGACGCUUUAGUUCUUCCUAUGUAGUUGGAGAGAGAUGCGUUACGCUCUCGUAAAAAUGAAUCGAAAUCCGGGGCCCUGAAGAAGUCCAGCCGCUACCGGAGCCGUUCUCUGUCCGCCAGCAGCACCGAUAGCUACAGCUCUGGUAUGACGUCUUAUACAGGAAGCUCGUCGGACGAGGACGACGUGUCGCCGCGGGAGAAAAUCCAAAAGACGGACAAGGGCUUCAAUGACUUCUGCGUGCGCAAUAUAAAUCAGCAUGCAUUUGGACGCCGUGAGAUCGAGAUAGCCGAGCAGGAGAUGCCCGGAAUUAUGGCGUUGCGCAAACGUGCUGCUGACGAUAAGCCAUUGAAGAACGCCAAGAUCGUUGGAUGCACUCAUAUUAAUGCCCAGACGGCUGUGCUCAUUGAGACUCUGGUGGAAUUAGGUGCGCAAGUAAGAUGGGCGGCGUGCAAUAUUUAUUCGACGCAGAAUGAAGUCGCAGCUGCUCUGGCUCACGCCGGAUAUCCAAUAUUUGCCUGGCGCGGAGAAACGGAGGAGGACUUCUGGUGGUGCAUCGACAAGUGCGUCGCGGCUGAGAAUUGGCAGCCGAAUAUGAUCCUGGACGAUGGAGGCGACGCGACGCAUCUUAUGCUCAAAAAAUAUAACACUAUGUUCAAGAUGAUUCAAGGAAUAGUCGAGGAGAGCGUUACGGGCGUACACCGGCUGUAUCAACUGUCCAAAGCUGGUAAACUCUCGGUUCCUGCCAUGAAUGUCAAUGACAGUGUGACAAAGACCAAAUUCGACAAUCUUUACAGUUGCCGCGAAAGUAUUAUAGACAGCUUAAAGAGGUCUACGGAUGUAAUGUUUGGGGGAAAACAAGUGGUCAUAUGUGGUUAUGGUGAGGUUGGUAAAGGUUGUUGUCAGGCCCUCAAAGGCUUGGGAUGUAUCGUAUACAUCACUGAAAUUGAUCCAAUCUGUGCACUGCAAGCAAGUAUGGAUGGAUUUCGGGUGAUGAAACUGAACGAAGUUAUCAGGAACGUCGAUAUCGUUAUCACUGCUACAGGUAAUAAGAACGUUGUGACCCGCGAGCACAUGGAUAAAAUGAAGAACGGAUGCGUCGUCUGUAACAUGGGCCACAGCAACACGGAGAUAGACAUUAACAGUCUUCGCACGCCUGAUCUCACGUGGGAAAAGGUCAGAUCUCAAGUGGAUCACGUAAUAUGGCCUGAUGGGAAACGGAUUGUCCUCCUGGCUGAGGGCAGAUUGGUCAACCUAUCGUGUUCCAGUAUUCCGUCUUUCGUGGUCUCCAUCACGGCUGCUACUCAAGCUCUUGCACUUAUCGAACUCUUUAAUGCUCCGCCAGGGCGCUACAAGAGCGACGUCUACCUACUGCCAAAAAAGAUGGAUGAAUACGUGGCUUCUCUGCAUCUGCCAACUUUCGACGCUCACCUAACAGAACUAACGGAUGAGCAGGCAAAGUAUAUGGGUCUCAAUAAGGCCGGUCCUUUUAAGCCAAAUUAUUAUCGCUAUUAAAUAGCAUCAGGCUGCCACCUUCCGUCGCAAAACAAUGUUUUAUAGAAAACGUCAAACAACGGAGACACCGCCGACCAGCUGCUGCUGCUGCUGCUGCUGCUGCUGCUACUACUACUACAACUACCACUACCAUUACUACUACUACUACUUCUUCUCUUAAUCUCCUAAACGUUAACGUAAUUAGCUUUAUUUCUCAUUUGAUCUUCCCACCGUAAACGCUCACAGGGCUUUUUCAGUUUGUUCCACUACGACUCCACAUUGUGUGAUUAUUAAUCUCGCAUAUUUGCUUGUUCUUUUAAUAUUUUAGCCUGUACUACACAUAUCUUAGCCGAAUCUUCGUCGAAUUCAUCUUUAUUUCCUUUAAUUGAAUUUAGAUGUCACAAAAUUAUCAAUUGUAACUCGUACUAAAAAUUACACGGAUUUAAGGCUACUACUAAAAAAUGAUUCAAGUUCUAGUGAUUGCGGCUAAAUAAAAUUAUACUAGACUUUGAUUCGACGUCUAGCUUGCUCAAGGAAAGGGAGGAGCCUACACGCCUGUUAGGCGAAUUACAAAUUCGUCAGCUGACUGUAAUCAUAUAUUAAUAUUAUUUUUAAUAACAAUCCUAUUAUUCUAAAAAAAAACCUUAAUAAUUUAAUUAUUGAGCGAGCAGCGGUGUGUCUUCACAUAUUCACGGUCAGAGAUGAAGACAGCUUGAGACGAAGUGUGGUAUUAAUACGUGGUAGAGGACGGACUUAGGAAUAUUCUCAAGACAAAGUACUGACUAUGAAUACGGACCUUAGAGUGGACGAUUUUAUCUGUAGAAAAAAAUCUAAUUAACCUUUGAUAUACAGACAGAGAAUCACACCAGCCAUUCCGUUCAGUAUUAUAAAUAAAUAUGAAAACGCGCUCAAAUGGUCGUUAUACCUUAUAGAUAAAAAGAUAUACGUAUCAUCGUGCAUCUGAGUACCGUCGUCUCAAACAUGUACAUACAUACUGCGAUACAAUGGACAGAGUGAACUUCUCGGCAUGAGAGCAUAAGUUAGCAAGAUUUAAAAAAGGUUUAACACACAGAUGUGGUGAUUACGAGUUUGUAAUUAGCAGCACGAGCGAUCGCAUACAGUAGCUUUAACGGGGCCUCAAUUAAAUGUGUUUCCAACGCUCACUAAUAGCCCCAAAUGCGAUUCUUAUAUGACAAAAGUCAUCUAUAUAAGAGACCGCCUGUAACAAAAAAUUUGUGCAAUUAAUAAAUAUGCAUGUUAACCUUGCAACGAGAUUUCAGAGAGCAUUCAAAUGAUGCUGUCUUGCGAAAAUAUACAAAGGUAUCUUUACUUAUGUCACUGUGAAAUUCAAAAACCGUUUUUUAAAAUUACACUUUUGUUUGGAGACUUGAUGUUUUCUUAUAAUCACUCUAUCUCAUCGCCUGUACAAUCCAAUUUUUCAAUGGUGAAAUUCCGCAUGGUAUCUGCAUUCGAUUAUAUUAUAUAAGAAAAAAAAGCGCAUUCUGGAUGUACGUGGUAAAGGCCUAAAUAAAUACGCUCUAAUUUAA